UAGCCGAGAUUAAGUUCGGUGCGAGACUCGGCGACGAGAACAACACCUGCUGCCUCUGUACUGCAGCGCAGCAGCCGGUGCUACUAGAUCCAGCCGAAAUCCAUAGCUCCACUCGGAUUGGCCCUUCGUUUCGGCUCACGAUACCUUUGUCCAUCGAGCUUUGCCAAAGGUCGUCCCCUUGGGAAGCAGAGCAGAGAGGAUGCGGGCGAUACCGGUGACGUUGCUACUGCUGCUGCUCGGCUCGGUCUGCAGCCAGGCCGGGCCGUCGUCGUCGCGCAAAAAGCCAAAGUCGAUGGCGCGGGAGGAGGCUGGCGAGUCGACGAGGCAGCUGCCCAACAUCGUGCUGAUCGUCGCCGACGACAUGGGCUGGAACGACGUGAGCUUCCACGGCAGCGACCAGAUACCGACGCCCAACAUCGACGCGCUGGCCUACAACGGGGUCAUCCUCAACAGCCACUACGUCUCGGCCAUGUGCACGCCGAGUCGCUCGGCCUUGCUCACCGGCAAGCAUCCCAUACACACGGGUAUGCAGCACCUCGUGAUCCUCGAGGCCGAGCCGAGGGGUCUGCCGCUCCACGAGAAGAUCUUGCCACAGUACCUGAAAGAAGCCGGCUACGCGACCCACGCGAUCGGCAAGUGGCACCAGGGCUUCCACAGGCGCGAGUACACGCCGACCUACCGGGGCUUCGACUCGCACUUCGGCUACUGGAACGGCCUGCAGGACUACUACACGCACGAGGUGGCCUCGUCCUCGGCCCGCGAGGGCUACCUGGGCUUCGACAUGCGGCGCAACAUGAGCCUGGCCCACGACACCCGGGGCAAGUACUCGACGGACCUGUUCACCGAGGAGGCCGUGCGACUGAUCGAGCGGCACGACGCGGAGCGCGGCCCCAUGUUCAUGUACCUGGCGCACCUGGCGCCGCACAGCGGAAACGACCGGGAGCCCCUGCAGGCCCCGGACGAGCACGUGGCCAAGUUCGCCUACAUCUCGGACCCCGAGCGGCGCAUCUACGCGGCCAUGAUGUCCAAGCUCGACGAGAGCGUCGGCGAGGUCGUCGCGGCGCUCAGGCGCAACUCCAUGCUCCACAACAGCAUCAUCCUGUUCAUGUCGGACAACGGGGCCGCCACUCAGGGCAUCCACUACAACAGGGGCAGCAACUAUCCUCUUCGAGGGAUCAAGGCCAGCGCCUGGGAAGGUGCGGUGCGCGGCGCCGCGGCCAUCUGGUCGCCCCUGAUCGAGCGGCCGAAACGCGUCCACGACGAGCUCGUGUACGUGGCCGACUGGCUGCCGACCCUGCUCUCGGCCGCCGGCCUCCUCGACUCGGACGCGGCCUCCCCCCUCGAGGGCAUCGACGGCUUCAACAUGUGGCCGAGCAUCAGCGGCGUCACCGGCAGCGAGCCCAGCCCCAGGUCCGAGGUGCUCGUCAACAUCGACCCCAUCUUCAAUUACUCGGCCAUCAGGCGCGGCGACUUCAAGUACGUCCUCGGCAGCGUCGGCAACGGCGACGCCUGGUACGGCGAGACCGGCAGGCCCGAGCAGGCCGAGCAGGAGGGCCCGAGCCCGAGCUACGAUCCCGAGCUGGUGCUGCGCAGCAGGGCCGGCACCGCCAUCUCCGGCGCGCUCACCUCCAAGCAGGCCUCCGAGGCGAGGGCCCGACGCCACGACGGCUACGAGCGCCAGCUCGGCCAGCAGGACCUGCUGAGCGCCCGCGAGCUCCUCGACAUCAGAGCCCGGGCGAUCGUUCGCUGCGGAGAGCCGCCCAAGGACCAGAAGCUGGCCUGCGACCCCGUCAAGGCGCCCUGCCUCUUCAACUUGCGCGAAGACCCCUGCGAGCAGCGCAACCUCGCCGAGACUCGGCCGAUGAUCCUGGCGAGCCUCGAGGAGGCCCUGCUCCGGCAUCGCCUCACUGCCCUGCCGCCCAGCAACGUGCCCAACGACCCGACGGCCAAUCCGGCUCUCUGGAACGACACUUGGGUCAAUUGGAUGGACGACGAUCCUCGCGAGUUCCUCACCCAGUCGACGCCCAACGACCGGGUCGACAUCAAUCCCAUGAACGCUCCGAUCGAUAGGCUGCCGGGAUCGGUCAUCGCCGUGAUCGCGGUGCUCUUGGCUCUGGCGGUACUCGGCAUUUUCACCCUCAUCGGCCUCAGCUGCAACAAGCGAUACAACGCCCUCAAAAAGAAGCAGCAGCAGUCCGCCUACCAGAGUCCAAAGAAUUUUCAACAAGUGCAACAGACGUGUGAAACCACAGCUGUGUUUGCGGAUAAUCUUCCAGAAUCCGACGGAAAAACGAUCGAUACCUUAACCCAAGAGAGCACAAUCAAAAAAAUUUAAAGCAAUUUUUGUUGCAACUUUAAAUUUGAAUAAACAAUCAGAUAAAUAAUCGCCAAAAUUAGCACAACGUUACAAAAAUAAUAGUUUCCGACAAGCAUUACAAAUUACGAAAUUUUAAGUAAUGUAAUACAAACGUGUGAAUGAAAUGGACGAUUUGAAUAAAAGACAGCGUGAAUGAUUUUAUGUGAAUUGAAUACAUUACUUUCAUGAUAUUUUUGUAAAAUUACUUCUCUAUUACAAAUUUUGAAUGCAUGAUAAAACAAUCAAAUUUUUUGUAAGAUUG